AGUGGUGAUAUAACAAAAGUGAUCAGAGAGACCAGAGUUUAGAGUUCGCUUUAGUUUCAUCGUCCUCGAUGACAGAACCUGAAGUGAUUCACUCAUGGUCUGCCCCAAGGUCACUCAGCACCAGCCUCAUGUACUCCUUUGCAGAGAGAGAUGACAUCGAAGUUGUCGACGAGCCCCUGUAUGCAGCAUUUCUCAAAGCUACAGGUGUUGAUAGGCCAUACAGAAACGAGGUUCUCUCCAAGAUGGAGUGCAAUGGACAUAAGGUAGUGAAAGAUAUCAUUUAUGGAUCAGGAUCAAAGAAGUUCCGGCACUGUAAGCAUAUCUCCAAACAACGGCUUUUCGGUUUGCCAAAUGAACUGAUGAGCAAAGGAAAGCACUUCAUACUGAUAAGAAAUCCACUUAACAUACUGCCUUCCUUUGAGAAGAUACACCCUUCAUCGUUUCUUGAACUAGGCUUGGGGGAACUAGUGUCGAUAUACAGUGAUCUCUGUCAGAUGGGAACACCACCACCAGUCAUCGAUGCAGAUGAGCUUCAGCGAGAUCCUGAGACCACGUUACGAGGUCUUUACAAUGAUUUGGAGAUUCCAUUUCAAGCUUCUAUGCUUAAGUGGGAGGCUGGUCCUAUACCAGAAGAUGGAGUAUGGGCACCAUGGUGGUACAAGAGUGUGCACGAGUCAACUGGUUUCUCAUCUCCAAAGAAGUAUCCUCGUACAUUCCCUUUGUCGCAUUACGAUUUGCUGGAGCAAAGUCUACCACUUUACAACAUUCUAAGGAGCCAUGUGAAGCACAAGUCAUCACUCUUGAGUAGUCCCUUGCCUCCUCCUAGUCUCCCGGUUCCUGAAAACGCAAAACUUCUUGCAUGGGUUGGUGACGAGCUUUUGCCUCGUGAGAUGGCAAAGGUUUCAGUUUUUGACUCGGUUGUGCAAGGUGGUGACUCAGUAUGGGAAGGACUCAGGAUUUACAAGGGGAAGAUAUUCAAGCUUGAAGAACAUCUAGAUCGGCUAUUUGAUUCAGCUAAGGCUCUGGCUUUCGAAAAUGUUCCAUCUCGUGAAGAGAUAAAAGAAGCUAUCUUCAGAACUCUCAUAACAAAUGGUAUGUUUGACAAUACACAUAUCAGGUUGUCCCUAACUCGAGGCAAAAAGGUAACUUCUGGAAUGAGCCCUGCGUUUAAUCGAUAUGGAUGCACACUUAUUGUGCUUGCGGAAUGGAAGCCAGCAGUGUAUGACAAUGAUGGUGGGAUUGUGCUGAUGACUGCAACUACACGCCGCAACUCGCCUAAUAAUUUGGAUUCCAAGAUUCGUCAUAACAACCUUCUCAAUAACAUACUAGCAAAGAUUGAAAGUAACAACGCGAAUGCUGCGGAUGCCAUUAUGCUUGACAAAGAUGGUUAUGUAUCUGAAACCAAUGCAACCAACAUUUUUAUGGUGAAGAAAGGACGUGUUCUUACUCCCCAUGCAGAUUACUGUCUCCCUGGCAUAACAAGAGCUACCGUCAUGGAACUUGUGGUUAAAGAGAAUCUCAUCUUAGAAGAACGAAGAAUCAGUCUCUCUGAAUUUCAUACAGCAGAUGAGUUAUGGACAACUGGAACCACGGGAGAACUUAGCUCGGUUAUGAAAAUCGACGGACGUGUGAUUGGUGAUGGAAAAGUUGGACCGGUAACGAGAACACUGCAAAACGCUUACAAGAAACUGACGGAUUCAGGUGUGCUAAUACCCACAUACCAAGCAGCCUGAGAUACCAAAAAAGAGUGGUGGUAAUAAAGAAGUGCGUCUUGGCUUUAACUUCUAGAAAGACACUACUCGGUCAAAUUAUAUUUAAUUCAGCGUUCUUUGUUUGACCUAACGUGAGAACUGAGAAGUAUGACCAUUAAUAAAUAAAGCGACCACGUAUCGAGACUAGACACAAUCUCGAAAUUAGAUCUUUUGCCAUUUCAUUUAUGGAAAUUAUUAAA